GGCAUUGCUGCCGCGACGGCUUAUUGCUCACGGUGCCACAUCCGAGCAGCCGGUCCCAGAGCUCGAUUCCACGUCGUAGCCAGCUGGAGGACUCCCAAGGACACUCAGUCGCGUCGUGCACAAAGGCAGAGCCGCUGUGGUGCAGGGAGAUGCCAUCCAGUUUUCGCCUGGAGCAAGCCGCGGCAAGCGCUAAACGCACGUAAAACCACGUUGACGCACGAUCAUUUGUCGCAGCGGAGCCUCUGCGAGCGCAAAAACCGUGUGCGCGGCACCUCGCAGCAGCUUGGAGAAGCACAGCCCCAGGGUCUGGCGCAGCGAGCUGCCGACGCGGCGAGCCCAAAACCCACGAUGCUGCCAAGACUCGACUUCCACAGUUCAUUGAGAGACGCCGUCUUGGAUGGAAGCAAGACCGCAACCACGAGGUUAGUCGGCGAGCUCGACUCGAACACCGACGUCGACGGCCUCCGGCCCGGCAUGAGGGCCGCCGCGACCUGUCAAGGCGAGACCUUCGCCGAGCUCACCAUAUUGAGUAUCGAACCGGUUUCAUAUGAUGCCAUCGACGAUAAGCUCGCGAGGGCGGAGGACUGCGCCGAUGCUGCCGAACUCAAAUCAUUACUAAAGAGCUUCUAUCCCCGCGCGAAGCCGACGACGGCCUUCCUGGCCAUCCGGUUCCGCUGCGCCGCGAAUGCGAAUACGAUCACGUUCGUCGACGCGGCCGCCGCGUCGCUCAAAGUUCUUGGACUCGUCGGAGACUUCUGCUCGCCAUUAUUAGCGCGCGAGUACCCCCUGGCCGCUUUGUCUUUGAACGCGAACGACGCGCACUGCCUCCUGACCCACCAAUUUCCAUUAUUACCGUGGCUCCUGGUGGUGGUCCUACGACGGACAGCCGAGGACAGCGCCUGCUUCGCUCUCGGCAGGCUGCGGGGCCAGCGCUACGUCGACGAGUGGCUCCCCUCGGCGCCCAUGAGUAAAGCGGCGGCCCUGGCGGCCGUCGUGGCCGCGCCGGGCGUGUCGACGUGUGCCCUGGCCGGCGCGGCGGGCGUCUCCUGGUCCAUGUUUGGUGGAGUGACGCUCGUCGGCGCUUUGUUGCGAGCUUUGGCGAUUAGAGCUGUCGCGGAGCAAAUACCCGUGGGCCUGUUGGACGACUGGGCCGUCCGCUUUUUGAUCGCGGGCGCGGCGGCGGCCUUACCGCUCAUCAUCGCGUCGUUGCGCGUGGACCGAGCACAAAGAGGUCAUGUGUUGGGCCACUUCCCCUGGCCCUGGACUAGGGCGAGAUGGCUGCUGCACCGGCUGUCGCACCACACGAAGGAGGACUAACGUGAGCA